AUGGUUGAUGCAAUCCGCAGUGGCAUCGAUGUCCUAGUGGGAACUCCAGGUCGUAUCAAGGACCAUCUACAGAAUAACAAACUGGACCUGUCACAAUUGAAGCACGUUGUAUUAGAUGAAGUGGACCAAAUGCUUGACAUGGGCUUUGCAGAACAGGUGGAGGAGAUACUUUCUGCAUCUUACCAAAAAGACUCUGAGAGCAAUCCCCAGACCCUGCUCUUCUCUGCCACAUGCCCACCAUGGGUGUAUGUUGUGGCAAAGAAGUACAUGAGGCCAACUUAUGAGCAUGUGGACCUCAUUGGCAAAAAGACCCAGAAAGCUGCCACCACAGUAGAGCACCUUGCCAUUGCGUGUCACUGGUCUCAGAGGGCUGCAGUCAUUGGGGAUGUGGUCCAGGUGUACAGUGGCAGCCACGGCCGCACCAUCGUCUUCUGUGAGACCAAGAAGGAUGCCAACGAGCUGUCAAUGAACACCUCCAUAAAACAGAGUUCCCAGUCACUUCAUGGGGACAUUCCUCAGAAGCAGAGGGAGAUCACAUUGAAAGGCAUCAGAAGUGGCACCUUUGAGGUCUUGGUGGCCACCAACGUUGCUGCUCGUGGGUUGGACAUCCCAGAGGUAGACCUGGUCGUGCAGUGCCCACCCCCAAAGGAUGUGGAGUCAUACAUUCACCGGUCAGGUCGCACUGGUAGGGCUGGCAGGGCAGGCGUCUGCAUCUGUUUCUACCAACGCAAAGAGGAAGACCAGCUCCGAUACGUAGAGCAGAAAGCAGGCAUCACAUUUAAGAGAGUUGGAGUGCCCACUCCCAGUGACAUCAUCAAAUCCUCCAGUAAAGACGCAGUGAGGUUUUUAGACUCUGUGCCUCCCCAAGCCAUUGAGUACUUCCGUGUGGCUGCUACCAAGCUGAUUGAGGAGCGUGGGGCCGUGGAUUCCCUGGCUGCCGCCCUGGCACACAUAUCAGGUGCCACUGCCCUGGUGCAGAGGUCCCUCCUCAACUCUGACGCUGGCUACACCACAAUGACAAUGAACUGCUGCCAGGAGCUGCACAACAUUGGCUGCGCUUGGCGUGGUCUAAAGGAGCAGCUUGGAGAGGAGAUUGACGAUGUGAUCCGGGGGAUGACCUUCCUCAAGGGAAAAAUGGGAGUCUGUUUAGAUGUUCCAGCUGACAAAGUAAAGGAGUACCAAGAUGCAUGGCAGGAUGGUAGGCGUUGGCAGCUGUCAAUCGCCACAGAGCUCCCUGAGCUGGAGGAGAAACAGCGCAUGGGUGGUGACCGUGGAUACGGACGCUCGUUCAGUGGACGUGGUGGUGGAGGACGAGGGGGUGGCCAUGGCUUCAGAAAUGGCGGCGGUGGUGGUGGCAACUGGAGAGGAGGUGGAGGCAGUCAUAAACACAGCUUCAGCAGUGCAUUUGAUUAUUAA